CGAGCUUUGAAUUCUGCUAUGUAUUCAAUAAAAUUAAAUGUGAAGUUCUUAAUUUUGCUUAUUUACGCACCGCUGCAAAUUUGUUGUGGCAGUGAUCCAGCUACAAACUUGAGUUGUGCCGCAGAUAAGGAUUUGGAUAGGAAGUGUCAAUCCCAUUGUUACCGUGUGGUUAAGCCUCUCCUUCAGCACGCAUCUGACGUGUACCAGAAAGAACAAGAGCAUUCAAACUUACUGGCAAAAAUUCAACAACAAGAGAUCAAUAUCAAAAGCAUCCAAGCUGACCAAGCCAUUCUACAAGCUAAAAUUGAUGACCAAAAUCAUUCAUUAACAAUAUGCAAAGAUCAGUUAGCCGAUAAAGAUGCGCUUAUCGAACACAAGAACGCUGUUAUCAAAGAAUUGCAAAUCAAGCAAGAGGUCAAACCAAAGACUAUGCAAGUAGAUCAAGACAAUCUACAAGCUAAAGUUAAAUCCCCAAAAAGUUUAUUAGAAUCAUACGAAAGUCACCUUAACUCUAAAGAUGCGCUUAUCGAACACGAAAGAGAAACCUGUUCAAAGCUUUGCGAUUCAAUGUUGGCUAGAUUGGAUUGGACCGUUGUCCCGAGGCGUAAAGAUGGCAGAGUUAACUUUAAUCAAACGUGGAGCGAAUAUCGUCAAGGAUUUGGUAAUCCGCAAGGAGAGUUCUUUUUGGGGCUUGAAAAGCUGCAUAUGCUUACCAAGAGCCAACCACAUGAGCUCUUUAUAUAUCUACAGAACUUUGAAAACCAAACUAGUUUCGCUCGUUAUGAUCAUUUUCUUAUAGGCGAUGAGAGUGAAUCGUUCAAUAUUAAAUCCUUAGGAAAAUAUAGUGGCACUGCUGGCGAUGCACUGAUAUAUCAUAAAGGCAUGAAAUUCUCUACGAUUGAUCGCAAAAAUGAUCUCUCUGAGUUCCAUUGUGCGGCUGAAUGGUCUUCCGGUUGGUGGUUCAACAAAUGUUAUCACUGUAAUCUGAAUGGUGUAUAUAGAGAUGAAAGUAGUUCUUUACAUCAUGGAAUCAAUUGGUAUACCUAGAAUGCAGAAGGACGUUUGUCGUUUGUACAAAUCAUGAUUAAACCAAAGAGACUUUGAAAGUUGCCUGUAAAAGUUCUCUUAUCGAUUACUUUCAUUACAAUUUUGUUAUGAAAAGUAUAAACUAUCCGGAAUAUAUUUUUAAUUAAUUAAAGGUUGCCUAUUUAGCGCAUGUCGAAGAAAUUAAAUAAUUUUUAUUUUUUUAAAUAAAUUUUGCACAGACUAGGUUGACUCGACUUUUAAAGCUGACAAAGGAUAUGCUUCCUGCUGACAGCUACAUACAUUUAAACAAAAUUAUUUUACUAUUUCAUUGUCAAUGGGUUCAAAGAAACCGAAUAAA